AUGAUUGAUUACAACUAUGUUUUUAAAUAUGUCGAAGACUACGAAAUAUUUAAUUCAGAAUAUUUAUGUUAUGAAGAAGAAAAAUAUUUUGAAAAAUAUUGCGAUUUGGAUAAGAUGAGCAAACCGAUUAAUGCCACAUUUGAUGAAUACGACUUGUUUAAAAUUGUUAUUUUUGUUGAUGAAAUCGUCGACAAUAACGGAGCAACAAUUAUAAAUAUUGGAAAGAACACUGAAUUUUUACUUCUUAAUGGAGGCGAGGCCAUGAGUGGAAGUUCUAAAAAUGUUGAAAAAAUUGCAAAAGUUUUAAAUGCUCAAAUUGACAAGGAAACCAAUAAGUAUUACUUAAAUGGAAAUUGUAAAAACAUUAGAUCAGAAGGAACACCAACAAUUGGUGUAAAAUUUAAAGAUUCCAAUACAACGAUUAAUGUUUCUGGAAGAGAUAUGGCAGACUUUAGUGUAAGCAUAUACCUAUAUUUGUAG